ACAUAUUUGCCCUUUUCACUUUUUCAAUAGAAAACCAAUUCAUAAAAAAAACCUAAAUCCUCUCAACUCAUUCAACUUUUCACAAAUUCAUAUUUUACGAAAAUGUCGGAUUUGGAACGAGAUAGAAAUCGACAACCUCCGGGCAGAAAGCGUAUGGGGAAGACGUUUUUGGCCCCAGAAUUAGGGGGAUCGGGAACCCGUCACGUUACGACGCGUAAAGUUUCUGCCUCGGCUCGACGGAAGAAACAAGCGCAUACUUCUCCCGAUGACGUCCGCAUUUCUGUUGAGGAUCUUAGAGAGUCUGAUGAUUUUGUGAGCUCAGAGGACGAGCCAGAGGACGAGCCAAGUGAAAAAAUUUACAUUUCUAAACGGAAAAAGGGUGCAGGUGGUUGGUUCGUUGGCGACUCGUCAUCAGGGUCGAACAGACGACCUGAAGAGGUUGACGUGUGGACCGUUACUGGUCCAGUACCUGGUGGACCCGAGGAUGACACUGUUAUUCCUAGUUUUCUCGGGCAUGUUGCUUCUCGGCUAUGGGAUGGGGCGGACAGAGGCGUGCUGAAGUGUCAGACUAGACAUGGAGCUCUGAAGAAGCUGAGACAGUGGUAUGAGACGGCCUCAGAGGAGGUUAAGGUGCUGAUAGACGGGACUGAGAUAUCACAUCUCCCGUUUAUCAUGUUUGAUCAUCUGGAUAUCCCGCUCCUUUCUGCAUUUGUGGAGCGAUGGCAGCCAGAUACAAACUCUUUUCACAUGCCAUUCGGGGAGAUGACCAUCACAUUACAUGACGUGUGGAAUAUUCUUCGGAUUCCAGUUGCUGGGGCUAUGGUUUCAGGUCAGCCGAACAAGGCUCAGCUGAUGGCUUACUGCGUACAGAUUUUAGGUAUUUCACCAGAGGAUCUGGUGAGUAAGACGAGCAAGCAUUUUGCCCAGGGAGGUGUGCUGAUUGAGUCGAUCAUCAGCUUAUGUAGGCAUGACCGUACUGCAGAGGUGGAGGCAAUAGCCUGGAUCUGGUUGACGUUAGGUUGCACUCUAUUCACUGACAAGAGUGGCCAUCGGAUUAGACCUGCAACCAUAUGGGAGGUGCGGGAAGGAGUCACAGAUACGAGUACAGUUUCCUGGGUAUCAGCUACACUAGCUUAUCUCUAUCGGCAGCUUGGAAUCUCAUCGAGAGGAGACUGCUCCGGUUUGACUGGCUGUCUGACACUGCUGCAGACAUGGAUUUAUGAGUACUUUCCAUGCUUUCGGCCCCAGCGAGAGCGGUUGUUGAUCGAGUCUCAUCUUCCUCGAGCUUCUAGCUGGAGUGCUACUGCGUCAGAUUGCUCAGCCACCCGACUUCGGUCCUUGCGAGCUCGUUUGGACACGCUGACUGCUGAGGAGGGGCUGUUAGGUCCUGGAAGUCACUCAAGUACUCUGUGGACAUGA